AUGCCCACAAAUACUACCUACACAGAUAAAGGGGAGAAGCCCGAGAAGGGAAAAUUUGUAAAGUUCCACCACGUGACCUUUUGGGUGGGCAAUGCCAAACAGGCGGCUGUGUUCUACUGUGACAAGAUGGGCUUUGAGCCAGUGGCCUACAAGGGUCUGGAGACCGGCAGCCGAGAGGUGGUGUCCCAUGUCAUUAAACAGGAUAAGAUAUUUUUUGUCUUCGAAUCUGCUCUGAAUCCAGGAAAUGAAGAAAUGGGGGAACACUUGAUGAAGCACGGGGAUGGGGUCAAAGACAUUGCUUUCCAAGUGGAGGACCUCGAAUUCUUAAUCAAUAAAGCUAAAGAACGAGGAGCCGUGGUGGUUAAGGAGCCUUGGAUUGAACAAGAUAGCUACGGCAAAGUCAGGUGUGCUGUCAUUCAGACGGUGAGUCGUCUCUCU